CGAGAUGCCGGGGCCUAUGGCAGUAGAAGGGAGGAGAUGACGGCAGGGAUGCUGGAAGGGAGGGGAGGCGACAAGACAUGGAACAUGUUGAAGCAUCAUCAUGAAAGCGUCUUGAUCUGCUCCGAAGCGCUGCCUCGAGGUGCAGUGCUGUCCAGGGCUGAUGGCGGCAAGUUGAAGAGCCAGAAAGAAGAAACGCUCUUACCAUGAGAAACAGAAGUGAACUGCAGAUGGAGCAUCGCCCCCACACUGUCUCAGGUUCUAGAAGAGAAAACCGAGCAAAGCAUCGACGGAAAGACUUCCUUUCUGAGCAGUAUCAUGAUGAAAGGCCGUCGAGCCCCCUCAAGAUAGUUGGAAGUCAUUUUGUGAACAACCGAGGUCUUCUACCCUCGACAUCUCCCAGCAGCUUCGCACAUCAGCAAGAUGAUAGAGCCCAUAGAGCACGAAAUCGUCAGGCCAGGGGGGUGAUGAAUAUCGCACAAUUCAUUGAAACACAUAAGCAGAUUCCUCUGUCUCCUUCCAGAAGAUAUCUGCGAGACAUGUAUGAAGGCAGCAGGACGCCUUCGAAUGGUCGUGAGUACCGCGAAUACAACAAGGAAGUAGCUGACAAAGACUGGAACCACUCACGAAGCGUGUUUCUUGCCCUCCAAGAGGAUGCAAAAGAGAUGGAAAUAAGUAAUCGGUUUGCUACUCAUUCCGGAAUGCAAUCGAGUCCAGCUGUCAGGACUCUCAGCGCAGCAACGCCUGCAUUGGUGAAAAGGACUGAAUCUUCCUCUACGACAUCU